AUGGACCUGAUUGUGAACUCCUAUCUGCUUGUUGCCGCAGGUCUGGCGGCUUUGUUUGUGGGCGGCGAACUGCUGGUGCGGGGCGCCGUGGCAGCGGCGCUUCGCCUCGGCAUCAGCGCGUUUGUGGUCGGCGUGGUGGUGGUCGGCUUCGGCACGUCGAUGCCCGAACUGCUGGUGUCCGUGCGCGCGGCACUGGCCGGAACGCCGGCGAUCGCGCUGGGCAAUGUCAUCGGAUCGAACAUCGCCAACAUCCUGCUCAUCGCCGGGAUCGGCAUCGCGAUCGCGCCGGUUGCCGCGCUCGACCGGGCAAACCGAACCGACGUGAUCGUCAUGCUGGUGGCCGGGCUCGCCGCGACCGGGCUGCUGUUCUUCGACACGAUCGGACGGGCCAUCGGGCUCGGUCUUCUGGUCCUUCUGGCCGUCUAUCUGGGAAAUGCGGUCCGAUCGGACAGCGAUGCCGGCGCGGCUACUGAACAGCCGGUGGCCGGAUCAGGCGCGGCCGCCGUCCCCGUCAUCGCAUUGCUGCUUGUCGGCGGACUGGCCCUGCUGUUUGCGGGCGCGGAGAUGCUGAUCAACGGGGCGACCGCCAUCGCGCGUGGCCUCGGCAUAUCGGAAGCGGUGAUCGGGCUGACGAUCGUCGCCGUCGGAACGUCCCUGCCCGAGCUUGCGACGACACUGGUCGCCGCCAUCCGCCGCCAGGGCGACGUGGCGAUCGGCAACGUCAUCGGCUCGAACAUCUUCAACAUCUUCGGCAUUCUGGGAGCCACCGCGCUUGUCGUGCCGAUCCCGGCAGCCGGUGUGCUCGCGCCCGGCGACGCCCUCAUGCUGGGCUUGGCAACGGCAGUUUUCGCCGCGCUCCUGCUGAGCGGCCGGACGAUCGGACGGGUCUGGGGCAUUGCGUUGCUCGCCACAUAUGCCGGCUACACGGCCUGGCUGUUCUGGACCUGA